AUGGAGGAAAUUCUUAAUAUUACGAUACACCACAGUGGUCAUUUUGUUAGUGAGGACUUGAGUGUGUACGAAGGAGGUGAGAUUGCUGAUUUGAGAGUAGAUGCUGAUAUGUGGGGUUAUUUUGAGUUAUUGGGUGCUAUUAAGGAACUAGGUUACCCAGCCAUAGAGAAGAUAUACUAUAAGGAUCCAACUGCUGGAAUGAAUCUGUUGUUUGAUGACAAAGGGGCCUUAGAGAUUGCUGAUCUAUAUAGGGUUCAUUUACGUGUUGAAGUCUUUAUUCAACACCCAUUGUCACAGCCUGAGUAUGUUGAUGAGAGUGAAGUUAUUUUAGAUGAGAUACCCCUGAAUGUAAUGGAAGAUGAUGCAGUUAGACAAAAUGAGGUAAGUGAGGAUGCUGUUGGACAGAAGGAGGCAAGUGAAGAUGUUGUUAUACAGAAGGAGGCAAUUGAAGAUGUUGUUGGACAGAAGGAGGCAAGUGAAGAUGUUGUUAUACAGAAUGAGGCAAGUGAAGAUGAUGUUGGACAGAAGGAGGCAAGUGAAAAUGUUGUUGGACAGAACGAUGAUGAUAGUUCUGAUGAUGAUAGCUCUGAUGAUAGUAGCUUUUCGUAUGAUAGUGCAAAGGAGGUUGUAUUUGAUGAUGAAACUGAUGACUGUGAUACUGACUUGGAAGAGGAAGAAGUUGCUGAGCUUCGCGGUUUUCAUGUUAGCUCAAUACAUGUUAAAUUUGGAAUUGCUGCAAUAUUUGUGGCUUGCAUACAACCAGUUAAUUCAUUCCUUAGGCCCCCAAGACAGUCAAAUGGAGAGCAGGUAUUAUAUAAAAGGAUUAUCUGGGAAUACUUGCAUAUAAUUGUCGGCAGAUAUGCGAUUGCCAUUGGCAUUGCAACACUUUUUACUGGCAUGAAGUAUUUGGGAGACAUGCAUGCUUUAGAAGACGUCCAUGGACUUAGUUGGGCAAUGAUAAUUUGGUUCUUAGUAGCUGCAUUGAUUGUUUCUCAUUUCAAAUACUGCGAGAAGCAAAAGUCAGAGAUGGGAUAUUUGGAAGAGGCAAUUUACUGCACAUAUAAAACUCAAGAAAAUAUUACAAUUUGCAGUAAAAAACAAAUGGUUCUAAUUUCAUUUUCACACCUCAAGCAAGUCAGAUAUUACAUUCCAAAUCUACCAUUUAAAAACCAUCAAAUCCCAUUACAAAGAAACACCACAUCCAUUACAAAUUCAGGAGCAAUCAUAUAA